AUGAAGACUGACUUGGUAGGGAUCUCAGACCAAAAAGAAGACACCAUCAAAGAGAAGGAGAUGUGUGGCAUAGAGUCAUCAAACAACCAAAGCAGCCUGGACUCCAACAGGGAGGAUGACAGAGCCACUCUCAUCCUAACCUUCACCCUCUGCAAUGUGAGGAAGAUUGAGCUCUCUAAAGCAGCCAAAGUCUUUGAGAUGUUUGAAACUCAGAUCUAUCACUUUGAAACCCGACAAGCGAAACAACCCAAGAACUAUGCUGAUGACCUUGAUGUUUUUGUUGAAUGUGAAGCUCACAGUGCUGAUGUUAGUAUCCUCAUCACCUCCUUAAAGACAGUAGCAGAGGAUGUGAAAACCAGCAGAGAAGAAAAAGUGCCCUGGUUCCCCAGAAAAAUCCAAGAUCUGGACAAGUGUCAACAUCUGAUCACUAAGUAUGAUCCCAGUUUGGACAACGGUCACCCUGGAUUUGCUGACCUGGAGUAUAAGGAACGGAGAGCAUUCUUUGCUGACCUUGCCUUUAAUUACAGAGCAGAAGACCCUUUGCCUCGCAUUGAGUACACAGCACAGGAGACUGCAACUUGGAGAGAGGUCUACAGGAAGCUGAGAAGCCUUUACCCUACUCAUGCCUGUACACAGUACCUGGAUGCUUUCCAGCAGCUGGAGAAGUGCUGUGGCUAUCAAGAGGAUAAUAUACCUCAACUUCAGGAUGUCUCCAGAUUUUUAAAAGAGAGAACAGGUUUCCAGCUGAGGCCAGCUGCAGGACUGCUGUCAGCUCGUGACUUCCUUGCCAGCCUGGCACUUCGUGUCUUCCAGUGCACACAGUAUAUAAGACAUUUCUCUUCUCCUAUGCAUUCCCCAGAACCAGACUGCUGCCAUGAGUUGUUGGGUCAUGUUCCCAUGUUAGCUGACAAGGAGUUUGCUCAGUUCUCACAGGAUAUUGGACUGGCUUCUCUUGGAUCAUCUGAAGCAGAGAUUGAGAAACUGGCCACACUCUAUUGGUUCACUGUGGAGUUUGGUCUCUGCAAGCAAAAUGGAUUGAUCAGAGCUUAUGGGGCAGGAUUGCUUUCAUCUUACGGGGAGCUUAUGUAUGCUUUGUCAAACAAGCCAGAGUACAAACCUUUUGAUCCAGAAGUUGCUGCAGUUCACCCCUACCAGGAUCAAGCCUUCCAGCCUGUCUAUUUCAUAGCAGAAAAUUUGGAAGAUGCCAAGGUCAAGCUUCAAAACUACGCAAUGAAGAUCAAGAAGCCUUUUUAUCUGCACUACGACCCCUUCACCAGCAGCAUAGAGGUCAUGAACAGACCACAGAAAGUCAAGAAGGCACUCUGUCAGAUGAAAAAGGAACUGAAAAACCUCUGCUUGGCCCUUGAAAACCUCACUUAA